AGAACGAGUCUAACUAGUCAUAAGAGCAGCAAUAUAAGAAAUCACCAAUCUUGAGCUGUGCCGUUGAAGAGGCGAGGGCUCCACCGACAUCUACAUCCACAACAACACGGCAGCGCUGCACUCUUACAGUCUUACCGUGUGACCCAGACUGAAGGCCGGAUGCUACCCAUUUCGCCCACGGCGGCCCUCUGCCCUGUCCUGUCGGCAUAGAAAACCCAUCUCGCCAACCUGAUCCCGGAUCAGUGAAGCUGCUAAAGUAUCCGAGUCGUUUGAUACCCAUUAGGGAAGGAGGAAAUGAGGUCCCACUCCAGCCCUCUCGCCCAUGGGCGGUAGCUGUUUAUCCGGGAAGUUAACGCCCCACUACCAGCCACGUGGAGGCAAAAUACCCAGCAUCUAAGACCCAAUUGAAGGUUUCACAUCUCAAGCAGUGGAUUGCAGAGCUCACCACUGUAUAGUACUCAUCACCACAAAAAUUGUCCGGUCUUCAUCAUGGCUACUGUGUAUGGUGUGCUGAGGACUCUUCAGCGGCAGCAGCGAGAAGCUUCUGCAUUACUUUUGAGGUUGACACCCAGGACCUAUAGUCCAGUGAAUGCUGCUUCAUUCUCUCAAUUUUGCCAGAAGUUCAGCAGCACCAAUGGAAGAUCUCAAUGUUUGCUACUGUCACGGAAUCUGAGCAGAGGGAGCACCAGUCAGUACCCUGCAAUGAAUAAGGAGGAAGAUAAGCAAGAAAGCAGUGUUGAUAUUGGACCAGGCACAUGGAAGGAAAUCUACAAUGGUAUUCUCUCCACACAAAUCAAAAUGGUGAAAUUCUUUUCACUCUCUACAUCAGUUUUGGGUCUCAGUGUACAACCCAUCCUAUUUCAGAAAUUACUGGGUAAUGAUGCUGGUGUACUUGUGGCAGUGGCCUCUUUUGUCAGUUUCUUCACAUUUGUCACUCCUUUACUCAUCCAUUGGAUUGCCAAGAAAUAUGUAACCUGCCUUGAGUACGAUCCAGAAAAAGAUGUGUACUCUGCCACAACACUCUCCUUCUUCCUCUUGGAGAAAAAGGUUAAAUUCACAGUUGAUGAUGUGAAGGUGCCAGAAGUGCCAGGAAUGUUCACCACGUUCCUCGUCAAGAACCGGCCACUGUUUGUUGACCCACAUAUGUUCAAGGAGGUGGAGCACUACGGCCGCCUCAUGGGUUAUGACCGGCCUAUUGAUUUUCAUCUUAAGGAACACGAUGAAAAGAGUGACUGAAUACAGUAUCUGACUUGCUGCUGUGAACUUGUAGAAAAACGUAUUAAGGUAAAUCUUUGCUAAUGGUUGAAAAAUUAUAAUUGAAUUGUUGUUUGUACAGUAUAGAUAUUGUUAAAGUAAAAGUGUGGAUAAUUUAAA